AUGCAUGUCAUCACUGGAACCACGACUGUGCCCAUGGCUGUUCCAUUUGCUCGCGGGGACAUGAUCGAACCCACCACAGCACCAGCGGAUGAUAAUACACAGGUCCAAGUCUUCAUAUUCCCCACCAUUUCCAUGGAUUUAACAGCCCAGCCUACACAGAGUGAGAGAACAGACAGUCCUGGACCUCGGGGGGAAUGCACUGACGGUGCAGUGACUGACACAGACCAGCGGGACAAUCCAGGACCCACCAGAAGACCCGAUGAACCAGCUGUAACACCCUUGGGUAAUGUCUUGUGUGUGAAUGAGGCAGCAGUAAAGGACAAAGAUGUUGUGAGUCUGAAGCUGAAGGCUCCCUCAAACUGCGAGGACACCAGAGCAAAAAUUCAGAGUGUUCUGGAACAUCUGUGUGGGCAAGAUUGCAAGCUGGAGCUCUACCAGGAGGACAACUCUGCUGAAAUUGUUGUCUAUGGCCAAAACAUUCAAGAUGAUGCCAAAGGAAUGGCAGAGAGGUUCAACAAUGAUAACAUCAAAGAUAAGGUUGGGGUGGAGGAUGCUGUUCCUCGCUGGGGGAAGCAUUCCAAGGCCGUUCUGAUCGCUGUGCUACUCUGUGGCCUCAUCCUGGCAGCCCUCCUCAUUGCCUUCUAUGUCAUCAAGAACCACCUCACGCAGUCAAAGGGACAUAGACUGGCUGAGGAGUCCUUCCAGGUGGACGAGAUCAAUCAGGGCAAUACGCUGGUGUCUGUCACUCCUCUCCAUCCUCAGGAGCCCUUGGACAAGCCCACCAUCAAUGGAGACUCCUCUGAGAAUGCCGCAAGCCAGCCUCCUCAAACCAACGGCCACUCUGCCACCCAGAACCCAGUGGCCGACACAGAGAUGUGAUG